UUAUAAAAGGUUUUCGAAGAGAAUUGAUUGGUGAAAUUAUAAGAUGGACAUACCAGCUUUAUUAACAUCGGCUGGUAUGAACAUAGGCAUAUCCGUGGGGUUGUUUUCGCUAUAUUCAAUAUUACGAAAACAACCAUUGAAUGUAAGAGUUUAUUUUGGACAACGAAUUUCUCAAGGUCGGACGCGUAGUGAAGAUAUAUGUUUUCAAAAAUUUGUUCCUUCCGCUAGUUGGAUUUUAAAAGCUUGGGAAGCAACAGAAGAAGAUAUAUUCGCUCAUGGUGGUAUUGAUGCCGUUGUGUUUCUCAGAAUUGUUAUUUUUAGUAUUCGUAUUUUUGCGAUCGCUACUAUUCUUUGUAUCUUUCUUGUGCUUCCAUUGAACUAUUUCGGGGAAGGGAUGCGGAUGGGUGAUGAAGAUUCAACAGCCAUGGAUUUAUUGACUAUUGGCAACGUCGGAGAAGGUUCUAGAUGGUUGUGGGCACAUUGCUUUACGCUAUAUGUUAUAUCGGCUUGUGCUUGCACUCUUCUAUACUUUGAAUACAAAAAUAUAGCAAAGAUGAGAAUGGACCAAGUAAAUAGGUUUCCAACAAAACCAAGUCACUUCACAGUGCUUGUGCGCGGGGUCCCAUGGUCUUCGGUAGACUCAUACAGCGAGUCUGUGGGGAAAUUCUUUAGCAAUUAUUACACGUCAAGUUACAUUUCACAUCAAAUAGUCUAUCGAUUUGGUGCAGUUCAACAACUUAUGGAGGAUGCAGAGAAAAUGUAUAAAGUGAUGACAACUGUCCCUGGUAAACAUUGCUGCGAACCAAAUGUUGGGCGGUGUGGGCUUUGUGGAGCAAACUCCAACUCUAUAAAAGGGGCUGGGCCUGAAUCAGGGAGUGAGUCAACGAGUCGUAAUGUUGAUGAUGAACUGAGAGAAAAGGAGAGUGAAGCAGCAUUGGUGUUUUUCAGGAGUCGAUACGAUGCUUUGGUGGUGGCACACACUAUCCAGUCAGCAGACCCAAUGCUAUGGGUCACAGAAUUGGCUCCUGAACCAAAAGAUGUCUACUGGCAAAACCUUUGCGUACCUUAUAAUUUACUCUGGAUCCGUAAAAUAUCAGUAUUUAUAGCAUCCAUUGUUUUCAGCAUCUUGUUUCUCUUGCCUACAACAUUUGUUCAAGGCCUUACCAAAAUCCAGCAUUUGCAAAAUGCAUUUCCAUUCCUAAAACGCGUGUCAGACAGAAGUUAUAUUAACCUUAUUACUGGGUAUCUACCAAGUUUGGUACUUACCGUUUUUCUUACAAUAGUCCCACCCCUUAUGAUGCUAUUUUCUACACUUGAGGGAGCCGUGUCUAGAAGUACUAGGAAGAGAAGUGCAUGUGUCAAAGUUUUGAUCUUUAUGUUUUGGAAUGUUUAUUUCUCAAAUAUUCUCUCGGGUUCUUGGAUUGAGCGAAUGGGUAAACUUACAGUUACUAGCCCUAAAGACUUGGCUACCCUUCUUGCGGAAUUGAUACCCAGACAGGCAUCCUUUUUCAUGACAUAUGUAAUGACAUCGGGUUGGUCAGGGCUAGGAUGUGAACUGUUGCAGCCAGUUCCGCUAAUUGGAAAUUGGCUGUUUAAAUGUGUUCUAAUGAAGGAAGAGGAUUUCGUUCGCCCAGUCACUUUUUCAUUCCACACAGAAGUUACAAGGGUCCUUCUAUUUGGUUUGCUUGGCUUCACUUUCUGCAUUUUGGCACCGUUGAUAUUGCCUUUCUUACUCAUCUACUUCUGUUUUGCUUUUCUUGUAUACCGAAAUCAGAUUAUGAAUGUUUAUUACGUAAAGUACCAAACGGAUGGAAGUUAUUGGCCUCUUGCACACAAUGCCACAAUAUUUUCUCUAAUAUUGACACAAGUAGUAGCUGGAAUACUGUUUGGAAUGAAAAAGUCAAGCAGCGCAUCAACCUCCACCAUCCCGUUGAUCAUCUGCACCGCCCUUUUUAACGUUUUUUGCAAGAAUAGAUUUCUACCCCUUUUUAAAAACAGAGCAAUACAAGUUGCUAUUGAAAUGGAUCGUGAUGAUGAACGUAAUGGAAAGCUACAAGAGAUGGUUGAGAAUCUGCCUGAAGCGUAUAAUCAGUUUGAAUUAUGCGAAGAUCAGAUGCAGCCAAAAGGAGGAGAUACGCCAAAAUCGAAAAAAAGUAGCAACGAAAGUCUUAAAGAUUUGGAGAUUGUGAAACCGGGUAGUCCUCCUACAGAGGAAGAACCUCCCUCUCCAGCUGCACCUCAACUCGAAUCUGAACCUGAACCAAAGAUUGUAUCUAUCACGUAGGCAUUCGAAUGUAUAAGAGGCUUUCAUUGCAACCCGAACCAAAGCUUGUAUCUAUCUAUGGGAUGUUGUACAGAAGAUUGUAUAUGUCAUGUGUA